GCUCUUCUUAAAAAGUCAACUAUAUCGUUGAAACUUUUUUCUUGUGUAACCAAACUCAAAUUAUAACAUAUCUAUAGAACAUUAGGAGGAUGAAAAUUACUACUCUCCACUACAAUGGAUACGCUACGAGUAAUAGUGGCCCUGCUUUGUCUGAUUUUAUAAAUAGGUCACUAAAUGAUGUCAUAGAGAACGAUGGAGAAGAAUAAGAUACAACUGAAUCAAGUGCUUCAGAAAAUAGCGACGUCGAGAUGGAAGUGUUUCAAGAUCCGCGUGAUCUAAGUAAAAGGAUUUUGAAGAAUAGUUUUCUUGCAGCAGGCCUGACGCAUACUCAAGGAAACACUUUCCUGAAAACUUUAAGAGCUGUUCCCUUUAAUUUACGCUACUUACCUAAGGAUACUCGAACACUGGUGAACACGCUAACAGCUGUUGCAAGCCGGUAUAUUCAGGAAAUUGCAGGUGGAGAAUAUCUCCACAUUGGAUUAAAAAAGUCAAUGAUAAAAAAACUGGAAAGUCUCCCGGAAAACAAAUUGCCAGAAGUGAUUAUAAUUGAUUUAAGUACAGACGGGUGUAAAGUAGAUAAAGGACCGGAUCAGUAUUGGCCUAUGCAAUAUAGAAUUUUCAAUAUACCAGAUAAAAGGGCCAUUAUUGUUGGUAUAUUUAAAGGCAAGACUAAGCCCUCAAAUCCGUUUGAUUUUUUCGAUCAAAUAGUUCAAGAGAUUGUCGAGAUACAAGAACAAGGUGGAAUUUUCAUAGCUAAUCGUCAAUUACCUUUACAAGUAAGAUGCUUUAUUGCUGAUGCACCUGCAAGAGCAUUUGCAUUAAAUCAUUACGGGCAUACAGCCUCAAAUGCCUGUUCUAAGUGUAGAGUAGAAGGACAUCGUUGUGAAGUUCAGGGCCAUGAAGGCGCAAUGAUUUUUUUAGGUAUUAGACACCCAUUAAGGACCGAUGAAGAUUACGAAAAUCUCCUAGACGAGGACCAUCAUAGAGGUAGAUCUCCUUUGGCUCCGAUAGUGCCAUUAGUUACACGAGUCCCAUUCGAGGCAAUGCACUCUGUCUGGAUAGGAAAUGCGAAGAAAGUUAUUUCAGCUCACGUGGAUGGAAAGUUCGGACACCGAAGAUUAAAUGGCAGAAAAAUCGGCAUUGUAAAUUCAGACAACUCUUACUCUACACUGCACCCACUGUUUUCAAAAAUAUUCUUUCGGAAGAUUAUUAUGAGCACUUCAUGAUACUCCAUUGCGUCAUGCGACUUCUAGUUUCAGAAGAAACAACACCAGAUUUACAUCCUUUCUGU